CCUGCUGUCCCCGACCUCCCCGAGGCCGAGGCUGGUGGCGCCUGCAGCCAAGUCCAACUCCUGCGCCCUCCCAGCCCGGCCGCGCCGAGGGCGGGGCACCAGCGCCAGGAAAUGCCCAGGAGUGCGUGUCACCUGCCCCGACGACUUGUUGAUUCCCAGGGGCGCCGCCUUUGCGGGUCCGCCCCCGAGAGCGGAGGACGGUCUCGCUUGCCUGUCCCCCCAAGCACGCCCCCGACUGCACAGCCAUGAGCAAGUUGGGCAGGUUCUUUAAAGGAGGGGGCUCUUCUAAGAGCCGUGGGGCCCCCAGCCCCCAGGAGGCCCUAGCCCGACUCCGGGAGACCGAGGAGAUGCUGGGCAAGAAGCAGGACUACCUGGAAAACCGCAUCCAGAGGGAGCUCGCCCUGGCCAAGAAGCACGGCAGGCAGAACAAGCGAGCUGCAUUACAGGCACUCAAGAGAAAGAAGAGGUUGGAGAAGCAGCUCACUCAGAUCGACGGCACGCUGUCCACCAUCGAGUUCCAGCGAGAGGCCCUGGAGAACUCUCACACCAACGCCGAGGUGCUCAGGAACAUGGGCCUCGCCGCGAAAGCCAUGAAGGCCGUCCACGAGAACAUGGAUCUGAACAAAAUAGAUGAUUUGAUGCAAGAGAUCACAGAGCAGCAAGACGUCGCCCAGGAAAUCUCAGAAGCCUUUUCCCAACGGGUCGGACUUGGCGAUGGCUUUGAUGAGGAUGAGUUGAUGGCAGAACUUGAAGAACUGGAACAGGAAGAAUUAAAUAAGAAGAUGACAAAUGUUCGACUUCCAAAUGUGCCUUCCACUUCCCUCCCAGCCCAGCCAGACAGAACGCCAGGGCGGAGGCCGGGCAUGCCGGCCACUGCACAGCGGCCCCGACCAGCAUCUUCCAGGAUGGCGGAAGAAGAUGAUGAUGCUAUCAAACAGUUGGAAGCUUGGGCUACUUAAGUUAAAACGGUUUUUUUUUGACACUUACAUGAAUGAGCUGUACGCAGGGUGUAAAAGAGCGUUUUUGCCAAGUCCAGGAGUUAACAAAGAUUCUGUUUUAUAUUUA